AGAAUCUAUAAGGCUGAAAUUCGAAGUGUCACAUUAGAAGAAGCCGGUGAAUUCAAACUGACCGAUUUUGAAUUAAAACAAUUCUCACAGUGGCUAAAGAAACAUAUUAAUUCUUUGCGGAGUAAAAAAGUUUCAAAUGUUACAGAAGGAUUGUGGGCUCUGGCAAAUGGACCUUUUAGACUUGAUACGAAAUGUUACACUGGUUGCAUGGUGAAUGAAGUUCGUUUUCAUACAAAAGAUCGCGAUCAAUACCGUACUACGCAAAAUAGUGGAUUAGUUGUAGAAGGGAAUUAUAACAAUAGUGUGAUGGAAUUUUUUGGGUUUCUAAGUAGAGUUGUGGAGUUGGUAUAUCUUGGUAAUCGUAGAGUGAUACUAUUUCAAUGUGAGUGGUUUAAUACAGGGAGCAAGAAAACAAAACAAGUAGAUAAGCAUUUCCUAAGCGUUAAUGUGGGGUCAAGGUGGUAUAAAGAAGAUCCGUUUGUGCUGCCUAUCAAUGUGAAACAAGUUUUCUAUGUUAAUGAUAUGAAACAUGGGAAGAACUGGCAAUUAGUGCAAAGAGUACAAUAUAGACAUUUAUGGGAUCUUUCACCACAACAAUUUGAAGAUAGUAAUGUUAUUUCUUCUCACUCACAAGAUCCGUUGCAGGACUUUGAAUCUGAUGGUGUUCGUGAAGUAUAUGAAGAUGAAUUCAUUUCAGAAAAGCUCGUGAGAGAUGAUCUAGAACCUAUUGCAGUUGACGAGCUUCUAUUCCAUAAGAUUAGGAAUGAUAAUAAGGAUGAUGUGAAUGAAGAAGUUGAAUUAGAAUGCUGGGAAAGUUUAGCUCAAGAGAAUGAUGGGACUGACUCCGAUUAUGUGACAACCGACGAAGAUGUAGAGUCUCAACACCUAAUUGAUAGCAAUGAUGAUCUUGAUAUGUAGUAUCUUAGAAAUUGGUGAUGUCGUCAGGGCCUGAAGGUGUCGGAGGUAUGAAGAGAGCAAGAAUUUUGCAGUCACUGAAGCGAUCUAAAGCUUCAAGUAGUGAAGCUGGAAGAACGACAUCACGUUGUGUAACAUGUCCUGUAGAUGAUGGACUUGAAGCUUCAGUUUUAGGAAAACAGAAACAGAGGAGUGAAGUAUUAGGAAAACAAAAACAGGGGAAUGAAGCUCUCUUUUUCGAGUUGGGCGGUAAACCAUCUCUUAUUCAAAUCUUAACUUCUGAAGCAAUGGCAACACUUCUUCAAAUAGCACUAACAGCCCUGAAAUGGCGAAAAAAAUCGAGGAUGCUAUAAUGUAUGAUGUUCAAAUGGGGCAGAUUGUUGGGAAGGUAACUAAGGAUAGACUUACCGUAUUGUUUGAACAAAUCAAUGCCCAAUCUACUGCUAAAGGAAAGAAUCUAAGGGACUGAUCUAAAUCUUUGUAUAGGCAGGACUGCUCCAAAUCUUCAGGAUUGAGAAGUUCUAAAAGAAGAAUUUUUGGAUCACCUUUUUCUCAAGUGCAAUCACCAAUGACAAAUUCGGAUAUACUUGAGCAGGCUCCUGGAAAUUGUUCUUCAACAACUUACGAGAACACCCAAAAUACGAGGAAGAGUCAUCAAAAGCAAGGUCGUGGUCCCGCAAGUGGCCAAAAACUAGACCAACAAGUGAAAAAGCAUGGCAAGUACAAGAUUUUGUUUCUUCCUGGAGAAACUGAUGCAUUGACAUUCAAUAUGGAUUUGAGUAAUGGAAUUGGAAUUAUAGUAAGAACUGAUGCUGAUAUUAAAGGAGCCACAGGGUGGGGCAAUGUUUCAGAGGAUAGUAAAGCCAUUUGUUAUAUCCGACUUUUUGAAUGGUUUGAAAUUGAAGAUUGGUCAGACAAGAGAGUGCAAGGAAUAAUCAACAAUAAGUUCAAAAAUGCUUUUACAAGAUGGAGGUGCACACUGCACAAGCUUUAUAAUAAUCUACUUUCCGAUGACAUUGAUCCCAGAAAUGUAUGUCCAAGGCCAGACUUGACAAUGGAAAAAUGGUUGGAGGCAUGUGAUUUCAUUGAGGAUAAUGACUUUCAGAAAAAGUCACGCAUUAACACUGCAAAUCGUAAGAAGAAACCAUUCAAUCACACAUCUGGAAAAAGAACAAUGCUCAAUCACUACAAGGAAAUGAUUGAGAAAAGUGAGAUCGAGCUCUUUAGAAAGACACAUGUGAGCAAGUCAAAGAGAGGAGAAUUCAUUGAUAUUGUCGCUGAAUCUAAAUAUAAUGAGAUGAUUGACAUGAAAAAUAAAGCAGCAGAACAGGACAAUGAAGCACUUGCAGAGCCCUCAAUUGUGAAAGCUGUACUUGGACACCGAUCAGGGUACAUAAAAGGAAUGGGACAUGGUGUGCAAGUUCUUCGUAGUCGCGAAUCAAAUGUCUUUGCUGGCAUUGAUUUGAAGGAGAUAUUGUUGGAACUCGAAAGUGCAAAGUCAGAGAUUGUCAACCUCACAAAUGCAUAUACUGAGCAAAGGAAAAAGAUGGACAAGAUGGAAAGUGAUAUUGCCAAAAUGCAGGGAAUUUUACAACAUAUCCCAAACAUUCCUCUUGAUUUUUGAAUAUCAGUAUUUGCAGCUUCUUCAGGGCUAUGUGUACAUACUGCAGCCAAAUCUGUAUGCUACAAAUAUCGGGGAUAAAAUAGGCAUGAAGAUUGGGGAUGGAUCAUGGUCUCCCUCUGGAAAGGAAUGGACACUGGCAACUAGUGGUAACAGAUACGCUGUCUGGAAGAAGUAGCUAUCGAGUUCCUCAUUCUAAGAUAUAGGAAGGAAGAGACAUGGACUUGUUGCUCUUUUUCUCCCUCUUUAAAUUCUCCUUUCACCUUGUUUUCUCUCUUUUGGGACAUUGUUGUAUUUCAAUUAUUUCUUGCAUGGAGGGAUGGGAAUAAGGCCUUGAUUGGCCAUUUAAUUCAUGCUGGAAAUAUACUACAGUCUACAGGUACAGGAUAGUUACUAUUAUACAUACUGAAGCUAUAGGCUUCCUGCAUUUUACUUCACCUUUUAUGUCUUUGAUUUUUGCUAUGUGUAUAGUGAUUUGGAUUGGAUUUGUAUAGGUCUUGUUAGAUUACUAUGUGCCAUUAAUAAAUAUUUGUUAUGGUGCAA